AUGGAAGAAGGUCUUCCGCUGCCACGCACGCAAUUUUUGUCUGACCAAGAUGGCCCACAUGCCAUCAGGCUCACAGUGGCUCCCAUCUUUGAGAUUCCCAACGAAAUUUUCGCCCUGAUUUUUUGGAUGUCCACGGACUCGGAGCACAUAGAAAAUCAAAGGACAUUGAUAGCAUCCUCACAGGUAUGCCGGAGGUGGAGAUCCGUGAUUUUUGGCUACCCAGCACUUUGGGGUCGCGUCAUUCAUUUCACAGACCCAUUACCCCGUCUCCGACAACUUUUACAGAGAUCUAAGCCAGGACCGAUCGACGUGGGCAGGGUCGAUUUGCAAGUUUACUUGGGACACAUCCGGAUGCUGGAAAUCCUCUCGGAAAGCUCGUCGAGGAUCCGUACUUUCAACGUCAGGCUCUCAAAUCGAGAGAGGAAUUAUGACCUUGUUUCCAAACAAUUCUUUGAACAACCCGCACCCCUGCUCGAGUUUAUGUCAGUUAGCUUAACUCCGAGCACUUCAGUCGUGCAGGGGCCCUUGUUUCAGGGCGAUGCCCCAUACCUCCGUCGUCUCCACCUUUCGAACUGCUCAAUUAGAUUUGCGUUGUCGAUGCCAAUCCUUGCUAGGUUAACCGAAUUGUCCGCAAGGAACAUCGCGCCCGUUGUAGCUCCUUCCGCAUCAAUGUGGCUUAUGAACCUCCUGGAAAUGCCUAACCUUCGUUGGCUGAGCAUUAUUGACUCCAUUGCCCCACACCAGACAUUCCCUCCCACCCAAGUGCAUCUUCCCAAUCUGACCAUGCUAACUCUAUCGGGGAAAUUAUGUGAUUGUGUCUUCCUGCUUGACUACAUCACAGCACCCUCGUUAAUCGGCAUGCGGUUGAAUUGCAAUACCGUUGAGCCUGGACAUUACUUCACUCAACUAUUGGAUAAUAUCAAAAGGAAGUUGAGUACGUGGCCGCUGAAGGCUGAUGAAUCUCCCCAAAUUAUUUUACUGGAAGAUGGCCGCAUUUUCGUUGGAAAUUCCCGCCGCUUUAGCAGCCUCGACGUCGACGCGUGGAACGUUUGCGAAGUAGCAUCCUUACGAUCGGGCUGUCACGCUCCUGAUAGGCCGAUCUGCAUCCUCGAUCUCGCUUGGGAUGAUGUUGAAGAUGACAUUGCUUUCUGCUGUCCCUUGCUCUCCGCCAUUCAGCCGGUAUUCAAAGUGGCGACGUCCUUGGUUUUAUGGCUUAUUGAUGAUAACAUGCGGGCAGAAUCCAUAUCUGAAAAGAUUUUGCGGCUCAGAGUCUGCUUUCACUCGUUUGAAGAUCUUCACACCCUCCAUCUAACCAAUCAAUCAUCUAAAUUUAUUUUACAGUUCUUAUCCCUUCCAACAUCUCCGGAUAUCAUAUUCCCUUCCUUGAAGACAUUGUGUUUCUUUCUUCCGGGAUUUCAUGACCAGGAGGACCACUUCGAUGCCCUUUUAUCUUUCGUUCAGAUACGGGCACAGAUUCAGCAGGCCUUGACCAACAUCGUCGUUUCCUCGGACGCUAACGGGUUAUCCCAGAUAACCCAACGGCAAACGGAUAUCCUGAAGAAACACGGAGUGGAGGUCGAAUUCAAUAAUACACUCUAUGAACAAUAUCUGUGA